AAAUUCUCCCACUUUUAACCGGAUGUGGAUUUUUAAGUACAUAUAAAGGAAGAAAUAUGCAGGAUGAACACAGGAAUAAAGUUGUUAGUGAUUUUUCUUACACUAACAGAAGGAUCAUGGUCAUUUAGAAUUGGUGCCUUUAAUUUAAAAGUGUUUGGCCGAAAGAAAGCGGACAACCAACAGGUGCUUGGAUACAUUGUAAAGAUAAUAAAGCGAUAUGAUAUUAUCUUCCUGCAAGAAAUCAGAGACAACAGUGGUGAUUCUAUCACAGUACUUGAAAACGCGUUAAACAGAGCACCAGGUUCUAAGUAUGACAAGAUCGUUAGUAAGAGACUCGGAGACACAGCAUCGAAAGAACAGUACAUUUUCUUAUAUAGAAGACACAGCGGUAUAACGAUCGUUUCAUCUUACGUUUACCAUGACCCGCAAAAUGUGUUUGAACGUGAACCAUACAUAGUUAAAAUCCAGUCCACGAAAACAGUUCUAACAGAGUUUGUUCUUGCUGGAAUUCAUGUUAAACCAUUACAAGCAAUACAGGAGAUAACUGCACUAGAAACCGUCCAUAGAGACAUUGUAUCAAAAAUGAAAACUCAGGAAAUACUAUUUCUUGGUGAUAUGAAUGCCGAAUGUAGUUAUGCCCCUAAAAAGUACCUCAAUUUUAUUCCAAUUAGAACAUCUGACAAAUAUCAUUGGUUGAUUAGUGACAAUAUUGACACUACGGUUUCCAAAGGAACAGAUUGUGCAUAUGACAGAUUCAUAUUGCAUGGAGAUAAAUUCUUGUAUGCCAUAGUGGAAGGCAGUAGCAACAUAUUUGAGUUUGAUAAAGAAUACAGAUUAACAAAUACAGAGGCUCUUUCUGUUAGUGACCACUACCCAAUCGAGUUGGAAAUGAAAACAGUAACAAGUUCCGCUCCAUACAUUCCGUUUACAAUGUUCACAACUGUUUGUUUUGGAUCUGUUAUUUGCUCAUGUAUUUACUGUUUACGUGGCUAAUGUUUUAGGGAUUUUAUUAUUUUGAUAAAAUUUAUAUAAAGUG